AUGGCUCGAAGCACCGCCGAGGAAAUGGACAGGCUUCAACUUUCAGAUGAGGAUACUGAAGAUCUCUGGGACUCCCCCUCGAAGCGAGGAACUCACAAGACGUUCAAUCCUCGAACCUCGAACGAGAUCCCGGCGCCAGAGCCCCGGCAGCCUCGCGAUGGCGGCGACACUUUGUUUGAUCGCCAGGAGGCACGAGAAGCAGCACUUCACAAUGAAUUACAAACCGUUCGCAAAAUAAAUGAAGUUAUUGAGGGUCUUCUGGGUAGCAUUGACCGUGCUAAGGGGAACAUGGAUACUGUAUCGAGAACCGUUACAUCCGCAUCGACCCUCCUCAACACAUGGACCCGAAUUCUGUCCCAAACCGAACACAACCAACGCCUGAUUCUCAACCGGAAUUGGCAUGGCGCGACUCAAGAUGUGGCCGAUAUGGAGACCGAAGAAGCUCAGAAACGGCAAGCGGCUGAGCGGCGGGAGCAGGCACUGCAGCAGCAACGAGAAGCAGCAGCCCGGAAAGCAGAAGAGGAAGCGCAACGACGAGCACUGAGCACUAGAGGCACGCGAGGGACUAGCCGGGGUACUGUGCGCAGUACUGGCUUGGGAAGAACACCUAGCUCGAACCGGAGCCACGCGGGGAUCUUCAACAACAACUCGACGACCAAUCAGUGGAAUUGCGCGCGCUCCCCUCCUCACCAUUCAAAUACAAUGAACUUCGCGCCCUACGAAGACGAGUCUCCAGAGAUUGAGCGGGCUUUGUCCCCUCCACACCCAGACACCCGUAUCAAGUCUCCGAACCUCCGAUCGCCAAGAGCCUCUGCCGACCUUCCGUCUCCAAGCCAGUUCGCGGGAGGUGGACAUGGCAACACAGGUUUUGGACGAGAUCUCGAGGGAGGCCAUGUGAGCCUGGGGGCCUUUGAGACAAGUCUUCCGAUCCGCAUGGAUGUUGAAGCUGCGCUGGCGUAUUUGCUUCUGCCUCCGGCUGGAGGUGUGUUCUUGUUGUUGGCCGAGCACAAGAGUGAUUACGUGCGGUUCCAUGCUUGGCAAUCUAGCAUGCUCUUUACCGUUCUCUUCAUCGUUCAUCUCUUACUUUCCUGGUCUUCCUUUCUGUCGUGGACUCUGUUUAUUAUCGAUCUCGCCUUGAUGGGUUUUCUCAGUAUGCGGGCCUAUCGUGACGUGGAUACUUUGGACCACUUCGAGGUCCCCUAUUUUGGUCGCCUGGCCAAUUCCUUUGUCGAUGAUGAAUGA